CCCCCCGCCUCUAAUGUUCCAUACACUCAUUUUACAGAAAUUGCAAAUAAUAUACGAGGUGUAGAGUCGUUAUUAAUUAUUGAAACUAUUGUGAAAUGGCACGAAUUGGUAACGUGACAGCAGAUCAGCUACUUGCUGGAACCAGUGUGCUGACUAGGCCUGCCGAGGAAUUUGAGAAUGAUGCCACGGUGGAAGCCAUGUGGGCAAUGAAAGCCUGGGAACAUGCUGAAAUUUACUUUAAUAUUCUUUGCUCGGUUGAUCCAAAACUUUUGAGAUUGACACCACAUGAUGACCAGAUUUAUAAACAUUUCCGUGAAGUCUUUCCUGAUCUCAAAGUAGAUCAUAUAGAUGAGAAUGAAUUGAAGUCACCAGAGAGCAAGAAUAAAUGGAGACCAUUUUGCGAACAGUACAAAGAUAUUGUUGAGGAUUACAGUUUCGGUACUCUUUUGAGAUUAGACUGCAGAGGGGAAUAUUUGGAGCAGAAUAGUAUUUUGGUUUCAAGAAUACAAUUUUAUGCCAUCGAAUUGGCCAGGAAUAGGGAAGGAUUGAACGAUGCUAUCCGAGAAAAAUUCAAGCCCAGAAGAACAACAAAAUCCUAAUUUUUUAGUUAAAUAUGGUAUCUACUUGUAUACAUAAUUUUUACGCAUUGGUAAUUAACAGUUUUAAUAAAAAUCUCACGAGCAGCCUA